AUGGAAUUCCUGGGCUCCACAUUCAUCAAACUUGGACAGUGGGCAUCGACUCGCAGGGAUUUAUUCUCUGAAGAUCUCUGCGAUACUCUCGCACAUCUUCAACGGCAGAGCAGUGAACACUCGUGGAUGUACACCGAGUUUUUGAUGUCUGCGACGUUUGGCCCAGAGUGGGAGAAAUUGUUCAGACGAUUUGACAGGAAACCAAUUGGUUCGGGAUGUUGUGCGCAGGUUCACAAGGCGUGGAUCAAACGAAAGAAAUUACAGCUCUACCAGGCUACCGAUAAUUCCCAUCCACCGUUCUAUCUACACGGUUCACGAUUUCCAACGAAGAAAGUUAUCCCUGUUAUUGAAAAUUCAGAGGAUGAUGAACUGGUGCCUGUCGUUGUAAAAGUAGUGCAUCCCUGUGUGGAGAAUUACGUAGAAACGGACUUAUUUAUGAUUGAAUUACUUUCCGUUUUAACAUCGUUCUUGGUACCGUCUCUACGCUGGUUGGAUCUCCCUGGCUGUGCCAAGGAAUUUUCCACAAUGAUGUUGAAUCAAUUGGACAUGAAGAUGGAAGCUCACAAUCUCCAACGAUUUUCAUCGAAUUUCUCAAAGAACCAUUCGGUCAUUUUCCCCACGCCCUUGAGGAAUCUAACGACCCGUAGGAUUCUCGUUGAGAGUUAUCACGAGGGAAAACACAUUUCGGAGUAUCUGAAUCUGUCGGAUCAUAACGAUUUGAAGAAACAGUUGGUCAAGAUUGCCAUCCCUCUAGUUAUGAAAAUGGUAUUCGAGGACAAUUUCUUCCACUGCGAUCUCCAUCCUGGGAACAUCCUAGUACAGGAAGAGGAUGUCCUCCGAAGAAUAAAUAAAACUCAACUCUAUCAACGAAUUUUUUCGUUCCGCUCCAGGAAAGCACCACGUCUUGUGAUCUUAGAUUGCGGCCUGGUCUCAUCGCUCAGCAAUCGAUGUUUGCAGAAUCUCCGUGAUGUCUUCCACUCGAUUGUCACAGGCGACGGUGCCCUGGCAGGUGAAUACCUCAUGCGACACAGCAGCCACAUGACGCCGGAUCCAAGCGGUUUCAAGACUGCCAUCGAAAGUAUCGUCAACCGACACAUGACAAAUAAAUUCAGUCUUCAAAAUGUCAACCUAACUGCAGUCAUGAGAGAAUUUUACUCAGCCUUGAUUCAUUACAAGGUUCAACAAGACAGUGCCUUCAUAAACGUCGUUCUCAGUGUUCUGUUGAUUGAGGGCCUCGGACGAAAUUUAGAUGCAACCAGCGACAUACUCCAGGAGCUCAUUCCAUUCCUCCGUUGA